GUGAGGGAGGGAGGAAAAUAAACAACAAAAAAUGUCCUCUUCCUCCCCCACCGGGCAGAUCGCAAGUGCGGCGGACAUCAAGCAGGAGAAUGGGAUGGAAAGCGCCUCGGAAGGGCAGGAGGCGCCGCGAGAAGUGGUGGGGGGCGCGGCGGCGAGGCUGAGCCCCUCGGCUCCAGCCCCUUUCCCCCUGGAGCCGGGGGACGCCGCGGACGCCGCCGCCAGGGUGAGCGGCGAGGAAAGGGCAGCGGCGGCGGCCGGAGCGGCGGAUCAGGUACAACUCCACUCGGAACUUCUGGGCAGGCACCACCACGCCGCGGCCGCCGCCGCCGCCGCCGCCGCCGCCGCCUCGCAGACCCCCCUGGCUUUCUCGCCCGACCACGUCGCCUGUGUGUGCGAGGCGCUGCAGCAGGGGGGCAACCUGGACCGCCUGGCCCGGUUCCUGUGGUCCCUGCCCCAGAGCGACCUGCUACGUGGCAACGAGAGCCUGCUGAAGGCGCGGGCGCUGGUGGCCUUCCACCAGGGCAUCUACCCCGAGCUCUACAGCAUCCUCGAGAGCCACAGCUUCGAGUCGGCCAACCACCCUCUGCUGCAGCAGCUCUGGUACAAGGCGCGCUACACCGAGGCCGAGCGCGCCCGCGGCCGGCCGCUGGGCGCCGUGGACAAGUACCGGCUGCGCAGGAAAUUCCCCCUGCCCCGCACCAUCUGGGACGGCGAGGAGACGGUGUAUUGUUUCAAGGAGAAGUCGCGCAACGCGCUCAAGGAGCUCUACAAGCAGAAUCGCUACCCUUCGCCCGCCGAGAAGCGGCACCUGGCCAAGAUCACCGGCCUCUCCCUCACCCAGGUCAGCAACUGGUUCAAGAACCGCCGGCAGCGCGAUCGGAACCCCUCGGAGACCCAGUCGAAAAGUGAGUCAGAUGGCAAUCCCAGCACUGAAGAUGAAUCCAGCAAGGGACAUGAGGAUUUGUCUCCUCAUCCUCUGUCCAGUCCAUCCGAUGGUGUCACCAACCUCAGCCUUUCCAGUCACAUGGAGCCACUAUAUAUGCAGCAAAUUGGAAAUGCUAAGAUAUCAUUAAGCUCUUCCGGAGUUUUGUUGAACGGAAGCUUGGUACCUGCAAGUACUUCACCUGUCUUCCUUAAUGGUAAUUCUUUCAUUCAGGGACCCAGUGGAGUUAUACUUAAUGGAUUAAAUGUGGGAAACACACAGACAGUGUCACUGAGCCCACCGAAAAUGGCAUCAAAUAUUGUGAGCAAUGGUAUAUCCAUGACUGACAUUCUGGGGUCCACCUCCCCAGAUGUGAAGGAAUUCAAAGUCCUCCAGAAUUCUUCAGCUAACUCAGCGGUCACCUCCUCCUACAACCCAAGUGCCCCUGCCUCAUUCCCAGGGCUGAUACCCAGCACAGAGGUGAAGAGAGAAGGCAUUCAAACAGUGGCUUCCCAGGAUGGAGGCUCUGUAGUAACUUUUACUACGCCAGUGCAAAUUAACCAGUAUGGCAUUGUCCAGAUCCCCAAUUCCGGAGCAAAUGGCCAGUUCCUUAACGGGAGCAUUGGAUUCUCUCCACUGCAGCUGCCUCCUGUUUCAGUGUCAGCUUCACAAGGUAACAUUUCAGUAAAUUCAAGCACUUCUGAUGGCAGCACAUUUACAAGUGAGUCCGCCACGGUUCAGCAAGGAAAAGUUUUCUUAAGCUCACUUGCUCCCAGUGCAGUGGUAUAUACUGUUCCUAAUUCAGGCCAGACUAUAGGAUCUGUUAAACAGGAGUGCUUGGAAAGGAGCCUGGUGUUUUCUCAGUUGAUGCCUGUCAAUCAGAAUGCACAAGUAAAUGCAAACCUAUCCUCUGAAAAUAUCUCAGCAAGCGGCCUUCAUCCACUGGCCUCCUCUUUAGUAAAUGUAUCCCCAACUCACAAUUUUCCCCUGACUCCCCCAACCCUGCUAAAUCCUACGGAGCUAAACCCUGACAUUGCUGAUAGCCAACCAAUGUCUACACCUGUGGCAAGCAAAUCUACUGUGACCUCUGUCAGCAACGCUAACUAUGCAACUCUUCAGAACUGCCCGCUUAUUACUGGUCAAGAUCUGUUGUCAGUCCCCAUGACUCAGGCUGCCCUUGGGGAAAUAGUUCCUACAGCUGAAGACCAGGUGGGUCACCCUUCCCCUACGGUUCACCAGGACUUUGUCAGAGAACAUCGCUUGGUUCUGCAAUCAGUAGCUAACAUAAAAGAUAAUUUCUUAACAAAUUCUGAAAGCAAAGCAACAGACAACUUAAUGAUGCUGGACUCAAAAUCCAAGUAUGUCCUAGAGGACAUGGUUGAGACUGUCUGUGAAGAUCUAGAAACAGACAAAAAAGAACUUGCCAAGCUCCAGACUGUCCAGUUGGAUGAAGAUAUGCAAGACUUAUGAACUUUAUUUCCCUUUUCUUCCUGGCAUCAGGGGAUAACUCUUCACGAAGCCCAGAGGACAUAAUGCGUUUUCCAAUUUAAAGAGAAACAUUAGUUUUGCAGGUAGAUGCAUUCAAGAAACUCUGGAUUGAUCUGCAAUUGAAGAUCACAAAUAUACGGGAAUAGAACUGCAUUACUACAGCCUUUGACUCACAUUUGUUCUCUUAACUAGAUGGAGACAAAUGAACGAGAUGAAAUAUAUUAAGGCAAAGUGUAUAAUGUAACUGACAAUAGAAUUCUAAGGUCAAAUGGAACAUGAUAAGUGAUUUCUUAAGUUAAAAAAUAGAUACACCUAAGAUAGCAAAUUAAAUGUCAUUACAGAGCUCUCUAGAAACAAUACAGUUUUUGUUUACUUUUUACUCCAUGGGCAUUGACAAGGUUAAGAAAUACAAAUGGUACUCCACCUAUUCUAAGUUAAUUUUUUUUUGAGUAUGUGCUUUUCUGUUUUUCAGCAUUUUUGUGAAGUCUUGUUUGUCUGUACACAUUUCCAAAUGUGAUUGCUAAUAGUUCAGUGUGUCUGAGAAAGUUUGCAACUCCACUAAAAACUCUGAAAUAUCAAUCUUCCUUAUGGGUGUAA